AUGGCGACAAUUCUGGAAUCAGAAGCAGCCUUCUCUGCAAGGGCUCUCGAACAUGGGCUCUCGGUGCCACACCUGGAUCGAUUGAAGGACCAAGGGCUCGCAAACAUGUCGAAGCUGGCUUUUUCAUUGACGACACCUGGAACAGUCCCAUCAGACGAUGCCCUCAAGGCCCUGCUUGAUGACAAUGUUGACAAUGUGACGGUAGGACAGUUGAGCAGCAUCAGACGUUUGAUGUUUGAUGCACAAACCCUUUGUGCCUCUCAGAUCAAGACCCCACUGCAUGAAACUGAUGCUGGCAAGAAGGCCGAACUGGUACCGGCCGAAAGGGCAACUCGCAUCGAAAACCAGAAGGUGCGAUUGCAAGGCAUUGAGCUUACAGGAAAGGCACUGGUUUUAGACUACAUCAACUUGACAGUGAAGGAUGUGGUCCCGAAGGACAAGUGCCAGAUCAGCAAUGAGCUCCAGUUGCACCAGGCUUUCACAAGGAGAGCACUUGCAUGUGAUCUUAUGCAAGUUUGCACUUACAGGGAGAUGGAACGUUGGCACAGACACCUCCUCGAUCAGAUGCAAUCUCCUGCUCCGCCUGGCUUCAGACCUCCCAACAUGGAGCAAAUCCUGCGCACUGACCGAGCAGGGUGGGUCAAGAUGGCUGAGCGUUUGUUGUCUUUGAAAAGAAAGGCAGAUGGUACUCUUCCCCUUGGCCAGGCUCUGACGGCCUUGCAGAGUGACCCGUCCGUGAUGUUUCAUCUGGUUCCUUUGCCAAUUGAGAAGGGCACCACUCAGCCGAAGACCGCUGCCCCCAAAGCAGAUGAUGCCGCUCCGAAGCCCUCCAAUGUCAAGAAAAAAGACAAGCUGAAGCCGGCCAAAGGCCGAGGCAAGGGUGCAAAGGGCAAACCCUCUGCCAAGGGGAAGAUGCCAACAGAAUUGAUCGGAUUGCACCAGCAGGACAAAUCCGGCCGUCGCAUGUGCUACAACUUCAACAUGCACAAGGGCUGCGAUCAGGCCACAGCAGGCCAGUCAUGCCAGAAGGGAAUGCACAGCUGUAUGAAAUGUUUUGGUGCGCACCCAGCGUACCAAUGCACCAUGGCUUGA